GCUGUUACCAUCUAUGUGAAGAAAGAAGAAGAAAAAGUGUACAAUGCAUUGAUGCUGGACAGCUUGACAGUCGGCGAUAUGGUUGAGGCAGUAUGUUCUUUUGUCUUCUCAUACCUAAUAUUCAUUGUAAACAUCAGUAAAUACUCAUACUUUUCCUUGUUUUCAGCUUCUUAUCUGCAUUUUAAUCUUCUGAUUGAUUGUUUUUAGAGCUGAGUAAGAACAUUUUCAAAAUUUAUUUUCUUUGUAGGUUGCUAGUAAAUAUGGCAUGCCACCUGAAAUGAUCAAGAAUGUGUACAAAAAGACAAAGAAGGGGUAAGCUAUUAAGCAGCGAUGCCAAUGCACUUUUUCUUUAUUGUUUCCCAUUAAUUUCCUUUGACCCUUGUUUGGAGAACUUGCAUACAUGUAUGCUUAUAUAAUACAGUCAUUGUAAAAAGUACAAAAUGUAGUUAUAUCCACUGAAAUGUCAAUUGAAUUGGAAUUACACCUUUAAAAAAAUUGAAAAGCUGACAUCUUAAGCUUGCGUUUGGUUGCAAAUUUUUGCGUUUCAGUCAUUCCCCCAUUAACACUGCACCUAUUUUGAUCUAUAUCUCUUAAUGAAAAAGGGACAUUAAAUAUACAUUGAAAUAUUCACCUUGGUUUUUUUUUCCCUUUCUUUCAGUAUCCUUGUGAACAUGGAUGAUCGAAUGAUUGAACAGUUUGUCGACGAAGAUGAUUUCAUCAUAAACUUGGAUUUUGACAAUCAGCUUGGGCAUUUUGAGUUAACUCUUCAGUAUUGA